CAGAUUCGAAACUACAUAAUUGACUGUUGGAAGAAUGGGAAGCCAAAUUAUGUGACCAAGACAUCUGUACGUGCUGGCCUGAAGAGUUGUGGGGAUGUUAAUUUAAUAAGCAGGAUACACACAUAUUUGGAACGGAAAGGUUAUAUAAAUUUUGGUUGUGAGCAAUGCCACUAUAACACCAGUGACACAACCAGAGACCAGCCUGACAGUGGAAACGGUAUAGAACAGUCAACAUCAGUGUCCCAAGGAGUACUCACUCGGCAGAGAAGCGUGGUGAGAGUCAUCGAUCCCGCAAAAAGAAACUUCCUUAUGAGGACUCUUGUAAAAUAAAGAAAUUCUCUACAAGAAGUGUAAACAACCAGGAAUUAAAAAAUAUGAGAUUGGAAGGUGAUUUAACUUGGAAGGCAUGUAAGAGGAAAAUCAAGUAUCCUCCCCAUGACGGGGGCUACACACUUAUUCAUACAGAAUCAGGAGAAGUGUUUGUUCAGCACAGUCCAGAGAAUAACAAGAUCAAUACCAGAGGGAUCAAGCCCAUUAAACUCAUCCAUUGCAAGAGUUACUCAGCAAGCAACAAGGCCCCGUACAGAAUAGAGCUGGAGGUGUCGGCCCUGGUGCUAGUGGAUGUACACAGCCACCUGUCGCCUAAGUGUGAAGUGAUAGGCUUGCUGGGAGGUGUGUACAAUAUUUCAAGCAAUGUCUUGAGCAUUAUUACAGCAGUGCCUUGUCGGACCAUCCUCAGCAGCAAUGUCCACUGCGACAUGUGCCCAGUGUCGCAGUGUGAAAGCAGUGAGUUGAUCACUAGCAAGGGGUUAUCCGUAGUCGGGUGGUACCACUCUCACCCCAACUUUGACCCCUCACCUUCCGACACUGAUGUCAACACUCAGAGCACUCUGCAGUCAUGGUUUAAUGAGACAGGAAAGCCUUUUGUUGGUCUCAUUAUUUCACCCUACGUCUCAGUCCACAAUGUGUCUUCUUACAGGUGUUGUCAAGUUAAAAUGGAGAACAGUGGACCAGUUCCUUAUCAAAUGGAGAUGAAGGUUACAAGUUUUAGUGAUAGCAACAUGCUAUCUUUGAGGCAAUCACUGGAAGCAGCACUUCAGACAGUACAAAAAAAGUGAACCAAUCAAACGAUUAAACAUUUACAAGUGUUUGGAGAGUAUAAAGUAUCAUUUAAGGAAAGCCAGUCCAAAAGUUGAUGAGGAGAAACUGUCUCAAGUUCUUCAUGAAAUUCGAGAUUUCUUCAAUAGAGUAUCAGCUAAAGCGACGUUAAAAGAUGAUAGAUAAUAUUUAUUAUUAUUUUAAUAAGCUUGUAACCAUAAGUUUAUUAAAAUAAGCUUAAUAAGUUCACAUCCACUUAAGAUUUUGCCAAAGGAUUGACUUGAAUAAUCUUAAAAAAUCUACAUAAAUCAAAUAUGUUUUAUAGCAGAGUAAAAAUAACAUUAAUAGCGCAGUAUGUUAUGAUCAAAUCCAAGGAAAGGCCUAAAAUUGUAUGAAGAUUAUCUUUCUUUUAGACUAAUAUCUUCAUUGUUUACUACCUUCAGAAUGAGAUGUCAAAUGAUGUGGUAAAAAAUCAAUGCCAAUAGGGUUGAGUUAAAAAACUGUUAUUUACCCUGCCAAACUUCAUUUUUUUAGAAUGUGUUACAUAAUUUUUAAUAGUAAUCUCACCGUGUUACACCUGUAGGUCUCUAUAAAAUAAGAAUAUUAAAAUUUAGAAGUCAAGUUACUUCAUCCAAUUUAGCUUUAAAUUGAAAUUAGAAUUUUAUAUUUGCUGAAACAAUACUUAUUUUGGCCAGAAUGGUCAGACAAAUUUGUUUCUUGAUAUUGUUGGGAUUGUCUCAUCAAGAUCUGUAAAUUUCAGAUAUCACUUGAAUUGUUAUAUUAUAGAAGUGAGAGGUAACUUUAAUCCUUUCAGUGUCAACGUCCCUUUUAAAAAAUGUACAAGAGCCAACAUCUGUUAAAACGGGCAUGUGAAAAUCAGCCAACAUCAAAAUAAAGUCAUAUAAUGUGUGCAAUAUUAUUGUUUUCAUAUAUUAAAGAAUAAUCUUCCUGAAAUACAAUUUUUAUCAUGUGUUUCAAUUAUAUACUGAACAAACAUAAGGUAAAAUAAUAUCCAAAUCAUUAAAAAGUUUAUUUCCAACGAUAGUUCAGUGAAUUUUUGAGUUUAUGUACCACAACACGUGUGGAUUAAAACUAUAACACCAUCUACAGUUGGAGAAAUUUUGUAAUUGUGCAUUUCUUGGAGCAAAAUGGUAAAAAAUGUAAUGUAAUGUCACACUUAGUAUAAUUUUUUAUUUAAUGCAUAAUAAAAUAAGUUCUUAAACAGUAUACUCGUAAAGUAAAUUUCAAUGAAAUGGAUUUUUUUUUAUCAUCCAAAAGUAACAAAGUUAUAAUAUUUAAUGUGGGCAGCUAUAAAAAGUAAAGUUUUGCCUGGCUCUUCUUGAUAGAAAAUAGGCCAUACAUACAUCUUGUUAAAAAAGGUCUGGCACUGAAAGCUUUAAAAUCCAACUAAAAAGAUCACAGGAUAUUUUAUUACAUAUUUCCAAAAAAGUUUGAAGCAAAACCAUUCAAAUAUGUAGGGUGCAGAGGAAAAACUUUAGGGACACUUUGUACACAAAAAGCUUUUUAAUUAUUUAGUUUACUGCAAAACGUUUUAGUACCUGUAAAAUAGAAAGCAUUUAUUUUAUUUUUCUGAAUUUUUGCUAUACCAAAACAAGCCUGUUUAAAUGUAAAAUAAGUAAUUAGGUCUACUCAUGAGGUUGUAUAGCAUUGAUACACAUAUUUUUAAAAAAAUUUUUAAACAAAGUUUUUUAUCGAUGUUUCAAAAUGAAGUAUAAUCAUGCAAAAUAAGUGUGUAAGUGUAAAAAUUAUGUUUGCCACGGUGGUUUAAUUUAUGUUUGUGAAAAAAUUAUCCAUUAAUAAUAAAUUUUUAAAUUUUUGAAAAUGUGUACAUAGGAAAAUAUAUUUUUAGUUACAAAUAUUCAUGUUUUAGUAUAAAUGCUUACCACACUUUGAUAUUAUGAGAAUAUUGUCUAAUUAUCUUCAAAACUAAUUAAGUUAUAAAGAUUAACUUUUAUUUUUCCAACAUAAAUCAAAUUUUCAUUUCAGCCCGGUUUUUAGGCUACUAAUUAAAUGAUGAAAACAUUUUUCAACAAUACAUAAAUGAGAACUAAACUUCCGGCUCCAUAAUUAUAAAGCUGUUAGUAUUGUGCAAUCAAUGUAACUAUUAUACACUAGAAGGUAAAAUUUACUAUCAAGGUAAGGGAAUGACAAUGGGUAUCCUCUAUUGCCAUUUUCUCCAAAAUUAGAGAAGAAUCUGAGAAAAAUACCUGGUUUUAACCAAAGAUUUGAUAAAAAUAUGUUGUUGAGGAACUAAACUUUACUUUUUUGCGUUUUAGUGUCAAAAAUUAUUUAAUUUAAAAAUACAUGUUUCAUAGAGUCAAAAGUUAUAUAAACCGUAUGGUUGCCUUGGAAUAGUGUAGAAUUGGAUUAGUAUUAAAAAGUACAGUCCGCACAGGCAGCAGCAGGACCAAGAGCUCAUUACAGCAACCCCAGAUAUUCUGUGGUUCAAUAUUACAAUUAAUCAGUAAGGUAAGAUUUUUAUUUAUUUGUAACACUCGUUAAAUAUAGUUGAUAGUCUGUAUUGAAAGCACAGUUUUUCAGAGGGGAGUUUUCUGGUUAUGGUGAUAUUCUCUAACAUUCACAGAAUGUUUUGCUGAAAAUGUAUCUGUUUCCAAAUUAAUGUAGAGUAGUGUUAGGGAGUGGUAUUAAUUAAUAUAAUGAUUUCUGCAAAAAGUUAAAAAGUAAAAGUUUCUAAGUAUGAAUUAUAUGUAAUUUAGUAAAAGUGCAUAUUUUAACAAAAGAAUGACUUUAAUAAUUAAAUGUUGACAUUUAUUUAAAAGUUAAAAAUGUAGGUCACAAGGAUUGCAAAUUUAAAAUUACUUUAUUUUAUAUGUUUAUAUCUGCUCUUUAUACUUAUGUUAGACCAGAAUUACCAUUUUCAGGGUAUUCCUUAAAAAGUUGUAACUUUAAAAAUAUGAUAUUUGCUUGAAAUUAUUUUUUAUUUUAGCACAUAAACUUUUAUUUCGAAAAAAAAUACUUGUAUGUAAAAUUACUGCUGACAAAAUAAAAGAAAUGUUAAAAACAAAAAUAUAUUUGUGUUAUGUAUGUAUUUUGAUUUGUAGAACAACAUUGUAUAAUUUUUUUUAUAUAUAUUCGUAAUAGAAUAUCUUGAAAGUACUUAUAAUUAUGAACAGAUCCUGAAAAUUGUAAGUAAUUUGAAUAAAAUAUGUCCAAGUUAUAUAAAAAUCAAUUAAUAGUAACUAAUGAAUUUGAAGCAAUUUUUCUUCAAUCAUGUAUAGUCAUUAAUACGUAGUCAAGUAUAAAAUGAAAAUAUUUGUUGUGGAGAGUUUAAUUCUCUACAAAUUGGUAUAUAGAUACAAGAGUUUGUAAAAGAUUUAUGUUACUGGAAAUUUAUUGCGCAAAAAUGAUAUACAACGUUAUAUCAUAUAAUAUAUAUAAUAUAUAUAUAUAUAUAUAUAUAUAUAUUUUCUCACAUUUAAACUACAUUCUUUAUUCUUGAAGCUGAAGCGUGUGUAAUACUGGGUGAGGGUCAUGCUAAAGCCUGUGAAAUUACGCAAAGGUCGAGGUCCCUAUUCGGACAAAAUACUUUUCAAGGAUAGUAUCAUUCGACACGAUAAAACGGUAAUUUUUAAAUUGAAUCGAUUUUGACACUAAAACACAGAAAUAUGUUUUGUUACUAAUCCUAGUCGACGCUAUAACACAGUUACAAACAAACUAUUGUAAUAUGGUAUGGCAAAAACAAAGUGUAAUUUCAAUUACUAAGGAUGUCACAGCAUGAAUGUAAACAAAGAAAAAUGUAAUUAGUAGUGACAACUUAUAUUGUAACAUAAGUAAUGAUGCUUUAUUCAUGUUCAUAAGUUUAUAUUUCACACUAUAAAAAUACAAGAGUGCACUAAGAGGAAGGUGAACUGGAGAUAAACUCAACAUUCACAUUGAAUUAACCCACGCAUGUUCAUUAUAUGGAUAACCAUCUAUUAUCAUAGAGUUAAAGUUUUAGUUUUGUAAAACGUUUACUGUUAUUUGAUUGUUGUAGUUUUAUACAAAUGGUAUGAGGUGUAUAGUGUCUUGUAGUAUUAUUUCCAAAUAUAAUGAUAAGUAGUAUUUGCUAAGUUUAAAUCUGUGUGCUCUGUGUAAGGGGUCAAGACUCGCAAUAAAUUAUUUUAAUUUUAUAACACAUGGCAAAUACAAAUAUCCAUGACCGGUUCUAUCUUCCAAGUCAUGUACCACUAGGAUGAACUGUAAACAAAAUUACGGUUUUGGAAACAUAGUAAUUUAUUUAAGUAAGUACACUACUAUCUACGAAAAUACUCCCCUCAAGAAAUUACUCUUACCCGUUAAAGGGUUAAAAAUUGCUAUUCCACUUACAACUUGUAUACUUAAAAACACGUAACCUGUACAUAAAUCAAAAUUGGAGCUGUUAGGAUGCUUAAGUAUUUCGGAAUGUACAUAGUAAUAAAAUAUAUAUACAUGUUUCUUUCUUUCAAGUUUGUUUUUAUAUUUGAGGUUUAUUUAGUUUCUUGUCUCAAUAAUUUUUGUAUGUAUGAAAUUAAUACAUUCUAUUUUGCAUA